UACAUCUAUGUUAUUGCUGCAUAUUGCGUAAAGGGAUGUCUCCACCGAAGCAGCCUAGGCGUCGAGCUUCGAAGCCGAAAACCAGAACGGGCUGUAAAACUUGCCGUAUUUAGGACACGCAGAGUCAAAUGUGAUGAGGGGAGGCCCCAUUGUACGAGAUGUCUAGGAUAUGGAGCAGAUUGUGAAGGCUAUGAAUACGCCGUGCGAAAAGCUGCCCCCACUCGAUCCAGUCUGAAGGAACUCCUUCCCCAAACAAGUCAUCAUCAAGCGUUUCUUUUGCCUUCACAAGGAAAAAGUCCUUACACCGCCAUCGUUCAUGACGAUCGAGAAUAUUCAUACUUUCUAUAUUUUCAAGAGGAAGCAGCGCCUAAUAUUUCAGGUUCAUUCGAUCGAGAUUUGUGGAAUCAUGUGAUUAUCCAGGCUUCCUGGAAAGAGCCAUCCUUGAGUGGGCUUGUUGCGUCGCUGGGAGCUUUAUACAAGGCUAGGAACUCGACUAUGGCUCUCUCCGAGGGAAAGACAGAGCCACACGAGCAAUAUGCGUUUCAGAAUUAUGGGCGAGCUCUGAGAGAACUCCAAGCAAGGAUUUCCGCUAAUCCAUAUCGAGACACGACGAGGAUCGCCUUGAUUGCUUCGCUCCUCAUAUACUGCUUUGAAAAUAUCUACGGGGAGAUUGAUUCGGCACUUGGGCACUUGGAAGGCGCGUUUCGUUUGAUGCAGAAACAGCUCAAAAAUGCUAAUCGUCCUUAUAAACAUUCGGAUAAUGUGUCUCCUAUUUCCUCCUUAGACGACGAUCUUGUGGGUGCGUUUUUCCGUCUCGACAGCGGGGUGUUGUCUAGAGAUCACAUUUGCGAAGCCGAACAUAUUGGCAGCAGAUUGGGUAUAAAGUACCUAGAAGACAACUGUGACGUCCCUGAAAGAUUCGCUACCAUAUCGGAAGCAAGAAAUUACCUCGAACAUAUUCAGUUCCCUAAUAUACCAACUCUUUCUCGCGAUUUGCUAUCCCGGCUAAAUACGCUUCCCUUGUCUAGCAUCGAUGAAAAGGCUCGAUGCAUGUAUAAAAUCAUGUGUUUUCAUCUGCGUCGAUGGGAUGUAGCAUUUACACCAUUAUACGAAAAGGCUCUCACACAGAAUUCAAAGGAAACUUUCGCAGCCGCAGCUAUACUUCGAGUCCGGGCACGCUCAACAGAACUUGCCUCAAAACGAGUUUGUGCACAGGAUUUGAGCCCCCCUGAUCUCUUCAUUGCUGAAUCUCGCGAGAUUGUAAAUCUGAGUAAACUCGUGGCUUCUGACCCAAGUUUUCGGAAAUCGUUUGUGUGGGACUGUGGAAUUGUUCCUGGUCUGUCUAUUGUUGUUGCUGCCUGUCUCGAUAUGAGCAUACAGAAAGAGGCUCUUGAGGUUUUGAAGCAAAUUGUGCCGAGGCGAGAAGGCGCCUGGGAUUCUUUGACGGCUGUAAAGUUUGGAGAAAGAUUUUUGCGAAUGGAUGGAGGGGACUAG